UGUACAUUUGAGCAGCUUCUACAACGGAUCUCGGGCGGCGGCAGUGACGGCGAGCGGCGGCGUACAGCGGCACGUUCGGUACCAAAUGCAAAUUAAAGAACAGCCCGCAACGAAGGCUAUAUUCGAGCUCCUAGGUUCAUGCCUACAACCUCAUCGCGCAUCACAUGAUCAAGGUCCGGGCUGAUAACAUGGCACUGUGGCCUGGCAUCGGGGGCACCACGUUGCAUAUCGCGUCGCUGCCCGUGCACCCUGUUCGUGAUAGAACAGGACACGACCAUUUGGCAGCUCGAGGUGGAUACAUGCGCAAACGUCGCAGCGGGCGAACAUCCUCAUUUGCUCUUCGAGCGCUGCUCGAGAAGACGACAUCCUUGACGGCGUCGAGAAGAAAGCACAGCUGGGCUCAUCGGCGACACUUCGAGCGGUGACCUUGAUGCAGCCCUCGUGAUACCCUGGACGGUACUAUCACCUUCAUCAGUGCCGACCAUUCUGCUGACUUUGACAACAAGGGGCAACUCGUCUUGAAACCAGGAUUCGCCGACACGCUACUUAAGUCAGCGGACAGCAGGGUUCUUUUGCAGUCAGCGGCGAGUGCUUUGCAAAGCUGACACGUUUAUUCCAACAGGGAGAAGAGAUGUAGGCGAUCCGCACCGUGGGAACAGACUCGGGGUGCGAGAGCCGUCCUGAUCGGAGGCCUCAAGUCGAGGCGUGACGUCAGCGUGCGCCGAGGACCUAGUCGCGCGGGCAGCGUGCACGCUAGCGCAUGCUGGACGUUUCGGACGUGGUGGGCCAGCUGGGCUGGUACCACCUGGCCGUGGGCGCGAUCACCGUGUUACGGGCCUUCCCAACGUCGUGGACGCUGCUCAUCGCUCCUUUCAUCGUGCCCGAUGUGGAUCACUGGUGCUCCAAGCCCGCCUGGCUGGCCGCCAACUGGACGGACGAGCAGUGGAAGGAGAUCGCCAUACCCAUGAAAGGUAUGGCAGCGGAUGCAAACACCAGUGCCGAGGGUGUUCCACAAGCAGCAAUGUUCGAGCACUGUCGUUAUCGAGCUGUCUUCAAGAAUGGCACUGUAGACCCUGAGACACUGCUAGUAUGCAACACGUGGACCUACAACGAGACUGUACCAGGAUCAUCAGCAGUACCUGAGUGGGACCUUGUUUGCUCCCACGACUGGCAGCGAUCUUUGAUGCAGAGUGUCGUGUUCGCUGGAUCCUUGGUAGGAGCUCUUCUCCUGGGCUGUCUCUCAGACAGUGACCUGCUACAACAGCCUGCGCUUCAUCACUGCUAUCUGUGUCGCCGGAAUUCAGACAACCGCUGCAUCACUAUGUUCGUGCGCCCCUUCAAGACAACGGCGUAUUGGAGGAAAAGACGACGAAAUAAGGGCACGUGUUCUCGCCGCACGCACUCGCAUCGCAGGUGGCCGUUGUCGGCGUCUACAAGAAGACGAGUCACAGAAAUCGUUGAGCCGCGUCACCGCACUCUGCUCAAUGUGGGCUUCUCGCUGGGAUUCACUCUGCCGACACUACUUCUACCGGGAGUGGCUUACCUUGUGGGCAGCUGGAAGUAUCUCCAACUCAUCGCAGGUCUCAGCGGCUUCGUGCUCAUCCCGUUCAUGUUCAUUCUGCAGGAGUCUCCACGCUGGCUGGUGUCUACCCACCGCGAGAAGCAGGCCCGCGCAGCCAUCCUCAAGAUUCUACGCAUCAACAGGCGCCCGUUGCCCGACAUGGAAACCACCAUGCGAGAGCUGGUGGAGAAAUCCAAGGCGGAUGCCCAACUCGCUUCCACGAGUCCUGUUGAGAUCUUCAGGCACAAGCGGCUGCUGCGUAACACCCUCUGCCUCUUCAUCCUGUGGUUCUGUGACAACCUGCUGCUGUUUGCCACUACUCUGUCAUCGGUUGACCUGGGUGGCAGCCGGUUCGUCAACUUUGCCCUUUCGGCGGCAGGCGAGAUUCCUGGAGGCUUGGUGAGCCUACCCAUAGUGCGCUACUGUCGCCGCAAGAGGUCGCAGGCGGCACUGCUGCUCCUAGCCGGUUUUGCCGCCAUACUUAUUUCUCUGCUGCCACUUGAAAACUUGUGGCUACGCCUAGGCCUAAACAUGACGUCUCGCUUUCUCCUCGUCAUUUCGAGCGCAAUCAAGUGGGUCUUCACCAUGGAGCUGUUCCCCACAGCGACGAGAAGCUUUGGCUUCGCAGCCUGUUUCACUAUGGGACGCAUUGGAGGAAUCGUGGCUCCUUUUAUGAGAGACCUGGGAAUCCAUGUGCACACCAUUGCGCCCACCAUCGUGCUCAGCGGUGCCGGUCUGUGUGGAGCCACUGCUACCUGUUUCCUUCCAGAAACUCUGGGAAAGCCACUACCAGACACCUUUGAUGAGGCCAAUGACCUCGGCCUGAAGACAAAACGGAAGUCGCACCUUGGAGGGGACGCUGUCUCUGGUGACGCCAUGCCUCCUCGGUAAAUGACUAGCAUCUGAAGACGCCAAUGCAGCAAAAGUGCACCGCCAAUGUCAAAAAAAGAUUUGACUACUCUGCCGUUGGCGGCAAUGGAUGACUGUCCGUUGAAGCAACUGCAGCUAUUUGAAAUACCUCAUUUCACGUUAUUCCAUUAAUAUAGACAAAGAAAACAAAAAUAAAUAAACGAGAAAGCCCUGUAAUUACGAUGCUUACAAGC